AUGGACAGCUCAGAAACAGAAUCGUACUCUUCAGACAAGAUAGCCAAUAAUACACAAGAUACAACUUUAGAUGAGUUGUUGAGUCAACUACUGGAAGAACUACAUAAAGAUCCCACCACCCAUUCCAAAAAUGAUGAUUUUAAAAGUAUAGAAGCAUCAAUUAAAAAACUCCCCAAACUAGAAUCAAACUUUGGCAAAGCACCAAACACAGAGACACGAAAGGAUUACAAAGUUGCCAGGAUACAUGAUCCAGUGUCAUCUGCAGCUGCGAGUGCAACAUCCAAAAACAAACAAGGUGAAACUAGUGGGACCAAAUGGUUCAACAUGUCACGUCCCGAACUUACACCCUCUAUCAAGCGUGAUUUACAAAUAAUCAAGCAAAGGCAAGCACUCGACCCUAAGCGUCAUUACAAGAAGGAGAAAUGGCAAGUGCCGAAAUUUUUCCAAAUGGGUACCAUUAUUGAAUCAAAUACUGGGUAUUUUAACAAGUUGACCAAGAAACAACAAGGGACCAAUUUGGUUGAAGAGUUGUUGCAUGAUGAUAAUACCAAGAAAUAUUUCAAGAGAAAGUAUCAUGAGAUUCAACAACAGAAGACCAGUGGUAAAAAGAGUCAUUACAAGAAAGUUAAAAGUGAUCGUAAAAAGUUUUAA